GGUUUGGAGAUGCUGCAGUAACGAAGCACAGCUGGGCUGAAGCACUCACUGACAGGCACACCUCCAACUCACCUGAGACAGAAAUGGACGACGAUAUCUCCGCUCUUGUUGUUGACAAUGGCUCCGGUAUGUGUAAGGCCGGAUUUGCGGGGGACGAUGCGCCUCGUGCCGUCUUCCCUUCCAUUGUUGGACGCCCCAGACACCAGGGUGUGAUGGUCGGUAUGGGACAGAAGGACAGCUACGUGGGAGACGAGGCUCAGAGUAAGCGAGGCAUCCUGACCCUGAAGUACCCCAUCGAGCACGGCAUCGUCACCAACUGGGACGACAUGGAGAAGAUCUGGCAUCACACCUUCUACAACGAGCUCCGUGUUGCUCCUGAAGAACAUCCAGUCCUGCUGACUGAAGCACCACUGAACCCCAAAGCCAACAGGGAGAAGAUGACCCAGAUCAUGUUCGAGACCUUCAACUCUCCUGCCAUGUACGUGGCCAUCCAGGCCGUCCUGUCUCUGUACGCCUCUGGUCGUACCACAGGUAUUGUGAUGGACUCUGGUGACGGUGUCAGCCAUACUGUGCCCAUCUACGAGGGUUACGCCCUGCCUCACGCCAUCCUGCGUCUGGAUCUGGCUGGCAGAGACCUGACAGACUACCUGAUGAAGAUCCUCACAGAGAGGGGCUACAGCUUCACCACCACUGCUGAGCGUGAGAUUGUUCGUGACAUCAAGGAGAAGCUGUGCUACGUGGCUUUGGACUUUGACCAGGAGAUGCAGACGGCAGCUUCCUCUUCAUCACUGGAGAAGAGCUAUGAGCUUCCUGACGGACAGGUCAUCACAAUCGGCAACGAGAGGUUCCGCUGUCCCGAGGCGCUCUUCCAGCCUUCGUUCAUCGGAAUGGAGUCUGCUGGUAUCCAUGAAACUACCUACAACAGCAUCAUGAAGUGUGACGUGGACAUCCGUAAAGACCUGUACGCCAACACUGUCCUGUCUGGAGGUACCACCAUGUACCCUGGGAUUGCUGACCGCAUGCAGAAGGAGAUCACCAGCCUGGCCCCACCCACCAUGAAAAUUAAGAUCAUUGCUCCUCCAGAGAGGAAGUACUCCGUCUGGAUCGGUGGCUCCAUCCUGGCCUCCCUCUCCACCUUCCAGCAGAUGUGGAUCAGCAAACAGGAAUACGAUGAGUCCGGCCCAGCCAUCGUCCAUCGCAAGUGCUUCUAAACUGCCCCCCAGUGGUGGAAGUGCUUUAAUGUGCCCCAUCAGCGGAGGGGUGUGGUUUGUCUUGUGUGAACAGACUGAAACGUGACUCAUGCAAGAUUAAUCUGAACUGGUUCACAAUCUAUUUCAAACCUUCACUCUAAAGGAAGUUGUGACGAGUGUUCAGAGGAAUUCUGUCACCUGGAUGGUUUGUGGGUCAGAACAAUCUGACCGUGUCUGUGGUACCAGAACAGGAAUGUUUCUCUGCUCAUGACACCAACUGCAACUUAAAGCAUUGAACCACUGUUACACCCUGGACCCCUGAAUAAAAUUACUUUUGUUUACA